AGAGAGAGAGAGAGAGAGAGAGAGAGAGAGAGAGAGAGAGAAUCGAUGGGGAGUUUGCGCCGCAGACAUCACCACCACCACACCACCAGUCCACACAUGCCAACCCUACACUGUCCCUCUGCUACCCCACACCUGCGCUACCACACCUGAAGGAAGACGGCCACAAGUGAAGCAAGGGUGAGGGAGUGACAGUGUGAGUGACAGAGGAGGAAGGAGACAACACACCCACACUUCACUCAGGCCCCCCACUGCCCCACACUUCACUCAGGCAGCAUGGAGGGAACGGAGGGAAUCCGAAGCAGGCCAACCACUCACUCAGUAUACACAGGCGUAGGUGAUGAUGAAGGGGAGGAGAAUGUGGAGGAGCUUCGAGAGCGGCUGCGGCAGAUGAAGGCGCUGGUGAAUGAGAGAACCCACUCCAAGAAGUCUGGUAUGUGCAAGGGUAUUGAUGAAGGGUUCCUGAGUGUGGUGUUUGCCUGCAUCUUGGUGGUGAUAGCCGGGGUAACACUCUAUGCCUUUGUGGUCCUCUAUACUGCCGUGCACAGACGCUGGACAGAGAACCCUGACACAGACUGAGUGGUGGUGGAUGGUCCCAGCAUAGGAGGUAGUGAGCGCUUACCUUCUCUUUCUCUUUUCCAGGGUUUGUUUAGUGGUAUAAGAGGAAAUGUAGGUAGUGGGUGUUUUUCUCCGUCUCUUCCUCCUUCAGGGUUGGUUUGAGUUGGUGUCAAAGUGGACUUGUUUGAGGCAGUGGAGAUGCUUUCUUUGUCGGUGUGUCUUUGAGUGGGAGUCUGGUCUUGUGGAAAUGUGGGCAGUGGGUGUUUUUCUCCGUCUCUUCCUCCUUCAGGGUUGGUUUGAGUUGGUGUGAAAGUGGACUUGUUUGAGGCAGUGAAGACGCUUUCUUUGUCAGUGUGUCAUUCAGUGGGAGUCUGGUCCUGUUCCUCCUUCCUGGUAUGAGUGUUACUUCUACCAAUGCUGCUGCCACUAAGAAUAUUACUAUUUCUUCUUUGUCUGAGUAUGGUUUGUCUCUCAGUGGGAGUUUGAUUUUGUUUCUCUUUCCUGGUAUGAGUAGUGUUAUUUCCACCAUUGCCACCACUGUUACUGGCAGAAAAGUGAAUAUCUCUUUCUUCAUCAGUAAUAUACUUUGGAUGCGAGAGUAUUUGAGCAGGAAUUUGUUUGUGUUCUUCCUUCCUUCCUUCCUUCCUUCCUACUACUCUUGCUACUACUACUCCUAUUACACCAAAUAAGUAAAACAUUAACCUUCAUCUACUUUCCUGACACUUAUGAAACUUAAAAAUAUGUUACUUUAUAUCUGAAGUACGUGUAUACAUUUUAAGUACAGUUUUAUUUUUCUUCUUUUUCCCUUGUGCUUAAAAUCAAAGCUUGGGUGAGGUCUGUGUUCUUAAGCAUUUUGUCAUCUUAUUGUGGCUACUUUUAACUUAUGCAGUGGAAGUUACUUGUGUUUUCAAGGGUGAUUUUUUUAUGAUUAUGUGAUAGUAAGAGAGAUUCUACACUUUUUUAAAAGAUUCAAAAAGAAGUUAUUGGUGUUUUCAAGAGUGUUUUCAUGAUUAUGGUGAUGCAAAUUAUUUUACACCUUUUAACAAGUUCAAAACAAGUUAUUGGUGUCUUCAAGGGUUGUUUCAUGAUUCUAAUGAGUCUAAUUAGUAUUCAGCAUAUUCAACAGGUUCUAGAGAAAGCUAUUGGCAUUUCUAAGGAUGUUUUCAAGAUUCUACUGGUAGUUCACAAAGGAAUCUACACUUAACAUAAUGUAACUUAAAAUGAUGGCAGUUUUCAUAUAUGCUUUCAUGUUUCUCAGGAUAGGUGAUAAGAAUUAUAUAUUAACAAUAGGUAAAAAGACUUAUAGAUCCCUGUGGCUUUUGAAAACAGUACCAAUGAGAACAAAGUGCUUAAGACUGUGGACCUGAGUCAAAUGUAACUUAAUUUAAUUUCCAACUUGCCUUCUUCAGUGUCAGGUGUGUUAGGGAAGACUUUAGGGGCAGAGUGUGUGAUCUGUUUCCCUCUGAGCUUUAUAGAAGGAAAACUUGCAGUAUUAACAUUAUGUGCCAAGAAAUAUCAAAUUUUUUACCACUAGCUCUUAAGGUGAAAAGGUGAAAAGCUGCAAUGUUUAUAUUAUGUACUUAUAUACUUUGCUUUCUCCCUCUCUUUUUUUAGCUUUAGUUUGUGAAGUGAUGAUGUGCUUCAGUAAUUACUUUUGGACCAAUAUUUUUUUCAUUACAAUUUCUAUGACAAAAAUGUUUAUGCGACAAAAACAUGUAUUAUUUAGACGGCAUUCUAAUCUUUUAAGUGUCUUUCUUAUUUACUUUUCCUUCACUUCCCCUUCACUUAGAAUGAAAACUUGCAGUAUUAUGAUCAUGUGCCAAUAAUGUUUUCCUCAUCAAAGUUUUGGGAACAUUUUGAUAAAAGACAUGUAUGUAUCGUUCACACAAUAUGCCAAUCUUCUUCCUUAUCUACUUUUCCUUCACAUUCUCCUCACUGUGAAUGAAAACCUGCAGUAUUAAAGUGAUGUGCCAAUAAUUGUUUACUAGUGAAGGUUUGAAGAGGCAGAGGCUUAACCAGUAAUAUUAUACCUUGUCCUUUCUGUCUUCUUUACUUCUUAGGGUGAAAACUGAAACUGCUAGACAUAUGUGCCAAUUAUUUGCAUCUCUGGAGGAAGAAUAUUAUUAUUUACUCUGUGUUCUGGUCUCCUUUCUUAUUAAGAUCAUGUGCCAGACAACUUAAAUUCUUAUAUGCAUGUAUAAAUUAUUUUGCAUCUCUGAAGGACGAACUUAUUUACAUUGUAUACUUAUCUCUUCUCUUAUUAUUGGAAUCAUGUGCCAGUCUUAUUCUAUUACAUAUAAAUAAUUUGAUGUGGCAAUCUUUAUGAAUUAUAACAAUGCUCUUCAAUUUCAUGAAUAUCUUGAUGACUUCUUGUAUCUUUGAUUUUUCUGAAUGGAGCCUUUAAGUAUUUUACAACCAUGUGUCGAUGUUUAGAACUUAAAAUAUGUUCUCACUAUGCAUCACAGUGUCUGGCUAAAAUAUGGAGCAUUUUGGGGAACUUCUCUUACCUAAUUUCUAGAGCAAAAUCCUCACGUAAUAUAGAACCUUGUGCCAACCUAACGUAGAAACAAACAGCCACGUGUAGGCCUAAUGAUUUACUGCUGCUUCUCUUGAUUUCUCCAAGGCUAAGAGCGUUUCCUCAGCCACAUGUCUUUCUUGGUAUUCUAAGUGACAUGGCCAACUAAAGAUGCUUUCAGGGGACAAUAAUGGUGACAGUGCAAAGUUAACACAGUAUUACUUCACAGCAGAAAUCCAACGAUAGAUAUUUUCACUUUAUAUCAUGCCUACUAAUGUCUCUUAGACCAUGCAAUUUGAGAAGAUGUGAUUUAGGAUGAAAUGCCUUGCUCUAAAAUGUUUGUGCUGUAUGAAUACCAAAGGGAAACUCGGAAAUGUUGUCGGUCUUGAUUCCUGGCAAGACCAGCCCUGUUUCAGUCACCCAGACCUCUUAGUUGCUUUAAAGUUUCCAUUGAUAGUCUUCCGUAAUGGUAACUUACUCACCACUCUGUUUUUAAGCUUAGUGUAAAGGGAGAUGGUAACACUUCCUCCAAGAACACUAAGCUUGAAAUAAAUAGCAAACAGAUCAAAAGCAAAUAAAUAGACUGGUGAAUAAACUACCAUUAAAAAGACCAGAUUUGUUUCAGCUACUUAACUCCUUCACAAAACCCCUUGCCAUUCAUUAGAGUACUUCGCAUCAGGAUCAAAUGUCUUGAAAACGUUGCAUUAUAUAAAAAAACAAAACAAAGGAAGUACAUAGAUGUAGUCAAUGUGUCGUGUCUUGGCUGGAUGGGAUUUGUUUUGUGUAUAACCUGUGGCUCUCCAUACCUAUACAAUGCAUGCAUCUGUAUACUUAGUGCUUGGAAUUAUACAGUAGCUCCUGUAAGAGAGAAUUUUCCCUGUGUAUGGCUCCAGUCAACCUACCACUACUACUACUACAACUACUACUAUUACAUGUCCCAAAUAUUGACGCCAUGACAUGAGAAUCUAAGGCAAAACUAAAGCUAAAAGUACAACAAUCCUAGUUUAAAUUGAGGAAAUACUGACACUAAACAAAUAUCAAAGAUCGUUCUAUGAGUCUGGUGCCUUCCUUCAGUGUUAUUGGAGGUCUGGUACUCAAGCAGGCAAAAACAGUGUCUGGAUGGGGAGAAGCAAUAGAUGGAGGCUGUUUAGUGGUCUGCUCCCUUAGGAAACAGAAAGAGGUACUAGAGAUAGAUUUUCUUCAUGUCCAUCUUCCAUAUUUUCUGCAAUUUAGCUCCAUUUGAAGUUUUCUAUUCAACUGACAAUCAAUAGAGCCUCAUUUCAUAUCCAUCUUCCACAUUUUCUUAAGUUUAGCUCCAUUUAACAUCCUUCCAUUAACUAACAAUCAAUAGAGCCUCAUUUCAUGUACAUCUUCCAUAUUUCCAUCAGUUUUGCUCCAUUUUAAGUCCUCCGAUUAACUAAUAAUCAAUAAAGCUUUAUUUCAUAUCCAUCAUCCGAAUUUCCAUCUGUUUAGCUUCAUUCAACUAACAAUCUGAAUCCCAGCCGGUAGCUUCAUAGACCAGACGACUCAGCAAUGAAGGAAGGCACCAAGACAGUAGGAAUGAGUGUGAUGGCGCAAUAGACUCCUGAACAAAUGACUCAUACUGUACAUCUUUCCCUGACUGAAUUUCUUAAGCAGGAGAGGUGAGUCUUGGAGUGUGGUGAGAUACAUCAGGAUUCAGUACCCAUCAUUCACUGGUGUUAUGUAUCAGUGUCUUUUGAUAGUUUUUUUUAGAAUGGUAAAAUGAAAUAGUACCAGAUUUUGGUUUGAGUUACAGUGGUGCUCUCUCUCUUUUUUUUUUUUUUUUAUAUCCCUUUUGUUCACCAAGUGUUAAGGUGACAUGUGGCGGAGGUUUUUGUGUCGCCAAGUGAUAUGAGUGAAUCAAUCAGUCAGUUCUAGAAUGUAAACGAGUUCUAGAGAGUACAAGCUCAUGUGGUGUUUUUCUUUUUGUGGGAUGAGGAACCUAUGUGAUUUUUUAUAGACAAUAGUGUGUGUGUGUGUGUGUGUGUGUGUGUGUGUGUGUGUGUAACUAUAUAAUUUCUAGUCAAAAAUAACUGAUAAUACUCUUAGUAAGGCAAUAUCAGGGCAUCCUUCAUAGAGAGAGAGUGUGUGUGUGUGUGUGUGCAAGAGUAACCCCAUCAUUUUGCAUCAAUGACAACUAACAAUACUACUAAUAAGUCUAGUAAAGCCAUGUCAUAAUCAUCAUAUACCUAAGCUUGUUCCAAAAAAACCCUUUGAAUUCUCACUCUCAUUUCAUUUUAAUACCAAAUGUAAACUUAACAGUAACCUAAAAUUUUAUAAACAUUUGAGAAACACAACCUAA